UGCAUAGAUUAAAAUUAAUAAACAUGGAGGGCUUAAGUCAAGAUUUUAAUAUAAAAAGUUCCAAAGAUCAAAAUCUGAAUGUUCCGCAACCCCAAAAUGUUGCAUUGCAUACAUUAUCCAAUAUAAGCGAUAUGUCUAAAGAAAUGAAGGGGGUCAAUGACUCUAGCCUUGACUGUCUCGCUCAAGAAUUAUUCUGAGAUGACUUCAAUAGUAAUCAAUUGAGUAGUAAUAAAAAGAAAAAUCAGCCAAUUUUCGGGAACGAUAAAAACGAAUUCCUCAACCUUGAAUCUAUCGAGGGAGCUCCUAUGAAUGCAGAUUUGUCUGAGUAUUCUGGCCUCGCAGAUUUUAUAGACAAAACUUUGACCAAGAGCAACAAAAAUAUCAAACAGGCUAUUGCCGGAAGACCUGAGAAGGAAAUUGACCCUAACAAUAACUCAGUCAGUUUCCUUGAACUAGCAGAUGAAUUCCAAAAAUGUAAAAACGUUAAUUUAAUCUUCCAAAAAUUGAACAAAGCAUUCUCUGCGAAGAUAGCAAAAGAUUGCCUGAAAGUUUCUGAGAGUCUCCUGGAGAUCCAAGAUGCUAUGAAAAAUUUGGAAUCUUAUUCCUUGAAGUUUCAGGAAAUGAGGGAUAUUAUAAGCUUUAAUGAUCUAAAGUCACUCAUGAGUUGCCUGACCAAGAAAAUUCCAACCUUAUCAUCUUUGGUGAGCACUUGUGCUUGCAGAGUCAAGGAGAUCGAAAAUGCUGGUGAUACAAUCUUCGAAGACUUCCAACAGCGAUGUAAUGACUUUAAAAAUGCUAAAUUAGAUAAUAGCGUGGCAUACAAAGAGAUGCUCCCGAAUCAAUCUGGACUUGACAUUUCUGAAGAAGCAGGAUCCCGAGCACUAAAUUUCCUCUCUGAUAAAUCGAAGGUGCUCUCAAAGAUGGAGAAUGAGAACAAGUUCAUGAAGGUUUAUUAUUGCAAAGCGCUUUCUAAUAUCAGAAAGGAGUUAUCAAAGAUUCUCAUGUCUGAUAAAUCAUUCCAGAGAGUAAAUCCUCGGGUAAAUCAGUCUGACAGUGUUCAUGUUAACCCUACUUUUGGAGAUAAUUCGGGAAGAAAUAAUGCUCACUCCCAGAAUAGCUUCACUGAACAAGAUAAUGUGUUGGAAAUGGAGGGAGAUAAAGACCCUCUGAAUAGCAACCAUCUAAACCUUCAUAACUACCAACCAUUCAAUCUUAGGAAUGAAUACUCAGGAAUUGCUGGCAAUAAUAUCUCAGGAACGACAGGAGGUGACGAUGACCCUGCACUCAAGUUCAACAAUAUUCUAAGAAAAUCUGCAGAAAAGAAAGAGAUCAGCCCUCAAAGCUUAAUGAAACUAUCUCAAUUGCAAGAGCUUAUCUCUAAAUACGAGAGAAUCUCCGUUCAAGAUAUCUUAAAAAGACAAAAAGUGGGUUUAAACAAUAAGGAAGUGAACUUCAACAAGACCUUCAGCCAGGACAGUGUGAGCCAAAUAGUCACCUCUUUCUUCGGCCAAUCAGAUCUCAAAGGAAACCUUGAUUUCUUCAAAGAGUCAUCUUUCAUCUUGGCUAAAGACGCUGACACAGGAUUUCCCAAAGAACUUGAGGUUCUCAAGGAGAUCAAGGAAGAAAUUAAGGAGGAAUCAUUACGAAGAAAACAAAACAAAGCUUUGAAUGGUAAAGAGUGUCAAAUUCAGAAAGAAAACUGAGAUUUCUCCCAAAUCUCAGAGAUAGAGGACGCUGGUAAUGAUAAUGUUCUGAACAAGACUUCUCCAGAACCUGAUAUGUACCUUGACACAGAAGAGCAAGAUGAUAUUGACGUGAAGUAUCUCACCUAUGUAGAAGAAAUGCAUGAAAAGAUCAACUCAACAGAGUUUGAUGGCCUUGAGCCAGAAGCUAAUGACUCUCCCAGUGAGAUCUACAGUGAAAAUAGGCUUAAUUCAGCAUCCUCAGAUGCACUAGAGUCUGCAAGGAAGGUUGAAGAUGACAAAGGAAAUUGAUUCAUUGUAGCAGAAGCUGCAGGAGGUCAAACAGUUCAGAUCCCUCAACUUGAUCUUGGAUAUAUUAUUAAGAAACAAGAGAGAAAAAUGUACCCUUUCAAUAUCAACACUAAUGGAGAGCUCAUUGAAGUCAGCAAUAAAGGAAGUUCUCUUGACACAUAUAAUGAUGAAGAUGCAAUGAUUAUCUAUGACGAACAUGACCAAGAAGAUACCAAGUCCUUAGACCUGAAUAAUGAAGAUCAUAAAAAUUCCAACCUAUUCAACAGUAGCUUUUUCUCAGAUCUUUCAUCUGUACAUAAAGCGCAGAACAAAAAUGAAGCCAAUAUUCAAAUAGAGAAAGAUUUUGAAGAUUUCCUCAACAAUGACGACGGAGGAGAGAAGCUUCAUCUUGCUGAUGAGGAGAAUCAUAUGAGUAAUCACAAUUCCUUCCUCGAUCAAGAGCUCAACAUAGAGAGUAUUCACUUAGAGAAUGAGCAACAGAUAACCCAAUCUGACCUUGCCAAGAAACAAGAUAAGAACCAUAAAAAUAUCAUAGAAAGCUCCCUAGGGCUUUUUGAUGACGAGACUGGGUGAUUCUGUGAUGAAAAAGAGAAAGUUCACAACAAAGACCAGACCCCAUCUGAAAACGAUCUGUUCAAGCAAGGAACUGCCCAGCACAACAACUUCAUAAUCUACGGAGAUUCAGAAGACCCUAAGAAAUAUGUAAAGGGGAUUUCAAGUCAGAAAAUUAUCUCAUCACAAAAGAUAGACGAAGAAAAAUCCAAAGAUCAGUUGAAAACGAGUGAAGAUAUAUCUAAAUCCAUAGCACAUGGAGAGCAUAAAAUCUGAAGAGAUCCCACCUUUGGCAAAGAGGAUACAGAUAGUCAUGAACCCUUCGUCCUCACCAAUAAUUACGAAGCAUUUGAAAAGAGCGUAAUGGAACAACAAUGCCACCAAUACUCUGAAGAAGAGAGUAAGAUCAGGAACAAAUCAGUGGUCAUUCCUCGCUCUUCCAUCCUGCUAAAGAACAAGAAGAACAUAAAGAAGCAUAAGGAUGAUAAAGAGAAGGAGCGGGUCGUCAAGAAUUACUCUGUUUCACCCAGCCGCAUCAUGUUCAACUCCAAACUUAAGCUUGCUAGAGGCAGUAUAGAGAACGAUGAAGGCAAAGACCAGAUAAAGUACAAAAGUUUGAAGAAUUACAAUAAAGGGCGGAUAAAUUUUAAAUCCUCUAAAUUACUUAAUGGCGAUAACAGCAUGAACUCUCUAGGUGAGAGUUAUGUCAAUAAAGCUCCCAUCAAGUUCAUCAAGCAUAAAAAGAAGAACUCUAACAAGGAUCUGGAUAUAAACCCGAAGAAAGUUGAGAAUGCCAGGAAGAGUUUACCAAGUGGUCACAAACCCACUAUAAACAUUCAGAAAGUCAAGAUUAUCAAGUCCAACUUCAACCAGGAAUUUAAAAUGAAGGGAAGGAAGCUAAAUUUACGCUUUAAAGAUUUUUCAAAAAGUAACACAAAGAAAAUUCUUCCCAGGAAGGAAAUACGCUCUGAAGCAAAAGUCAACAAGACUCUAAUGUACAAAGUUAAUGGCAAUUGCGAAUACUCCAAUGACAUCUCUGUGAAGGAGGUAAAUAACACCAACUACAGUACGAAUUCAUCUAUUCUCAGACCUCAAAAAUGAGAGCAAAAGAUGGUUACCAAUCUAUUUCAGGUAAACAAGCGCCGUUUUGGAAAAUAAUUGCUAAUAAUUCAACCUUGUUUUA